AUGCACUACGCUAUUAUAUGGACUCCAACGUUCUUGGAAAUUGAAGAAAUUCUUGUAGGACCAGCUUUCUUGCUCUUCCGUAACAUGACUCGUGAAAUUAAGCCAAACGUGGACCCCAACGUCAUUCGUGUUUUUGUGGUUCGCCACGGACGGACGGAGUUUAAUUUGAAAAAGGUCAUCCAGGGCCAUUUAGAUAUCGACUUGGAUGAAACAGGCCACGACCAGGCCUCCAAGUUGGCCAAGUACUUGGAAGAGUUCAAGUUCGACGCCUGUGUAACGUCAGACUUGUGCCGUUGCCGAAGCACCAUCAAGGAUAUCUUGUUAAACAACUCUCAUCUCUCUGAAGAUAAGAUAAGGAUCACUCCCAACUUGAGAGAACGUAUGAUGGGUCCAGCUCAGGGCAUGUUUAUUGGUGACGCCUUGGCCAAGUACGGCGACAAGUUUAAGUCGAUGGGCGAGCAGGAAGAAGCAUUAAUAGAACGAGUAGAGGGGGAAUGGGACUUGGUUUUGAAGAAAGCAGCAACAGAGGACCAUCUCAACACACUCUUCUGUACGCACGGCGGUGUAAUCACCUCAUUCACUAAUUACUUACACCUGAUCAAGAAAUAUGGCUUGGGCGAGGGUCUAGAAGCUCAGAAUUUGCGUGUCCCCUUUAAUACAUCAAUUACCGUUAUAGAUGUGGACAAAGCCACAGGCGAAGGCGUGAUCCAGAAGUUUGGUGUAACAGAACAUCUUGGAGGCCAUUUCGAGGUGAAGAACCAGGAUUUACGCUGA